AUGUCUAUCAAUUCAGAUAUUUUCACCAAGGCUUUUGUCGGACCAGACGAUCAAUUAGUUUUGAAGGAUGACGAUAGCAUUGGUGAGAUUAUCAAUGGACAUAAUCUCAACGAUCUAGGCAAACUUGUCCUGAAGCUCCUUACUUCUCCAAAGUUUAACCAGACUACGGAUACAGAGUCCAGCCAGAUCGUGGAUGAUCCAAACCCUCGAGCUUUGCCAAAUGAGAUUGCAGCUACAAUCCGCACACUUCUGUGCCAGAUCGGGGAAGAUACAGAUCGUGAAGGUCUUAAACAAACACCCGAAAGAUACGCGGAAGCACUUCGGUUUUUCACAAAAGGAUACAGGGAGGAAGUGAAAGAAGUGGUUGAUGGCGCUAUUUUCAAUGAAGAAAUGGAGGGCAUGGUGAUUGUGAGCGAUAUUGAUGUUUUCAGUCUGUGCGAACAUCACAUGUUGCCAUUCUUUGGAAAGGUACAUAUUGGGUAUAUUGCGAACGGACGAGUGCUUGGAUUAUCCAAAUUUGCGCGAAUAGUCGAGAUUUUCGCACGAAGACUACAAGUGCAAGAGCGUUUGACGAUGCAAAUAGCAGAUGCAAUAGAAAAGUUGUUAGAGCCGCUAGGAGUCGCAGUCAUUAUAGAAUGUAAACAUAUGUGUAUGGUGAUGAGAGGGGUGGAAAAGACGGAAUCUAUGACAUCAACUCAAUGUAUGAGAGGUGUGUUGAGAAAUGGCGUGGAGGAACGAAAGAACUUUCAUGCCCUACUGAAACAAACGAAGCGAAGCUAG